AUGCUCCUUACGAUGAAUUCUGGAGUGCCUUUUAUAUAUAGCAUUUUCUUUGUAAGAUGUUGUCUCUGCUAUGUUCUAGAUCUUGAUAUGUUCAAUACCUGGGCGAAUAGUGUAUGUACUUCGAUGUCACCGUUUUGGAACCAAGUUAUUAUCGGCAUUUUGGAAAAUGAACUUGUGGUUUCAGCUUCAGGAAACAAGUCUUCAUCCGAAUAUAGAGGCAUGAACAAUGGUGGUGUACCAGUAUUUGCCGGAUAUCAAUUUUGUGAGGAAACUGAAAAUGUUGCUAAUUUGGAAAUGACGAUAAUAACCACUUGUGACAAAAUUGCAAACUUGACACAACAAGAGUUUGAUUACUUUGGUUUGUCUCAGGCACAAAUGCAAGUACCGGGACCUAGACGGACACAACAACGGGAAAUUUCAUUGGAAGAAGAAAGAGCGGAAAUCGCCGAAGCUGCAAGGUUGCAAAAUUUACGAGAUCCCGGCUUUAUAUUAGAUCGGCAAACGAGGAGUAAUUGA